UAGAACACCGGCCAAAUAAUUCCAACAUCUCUGUUUUGUUAAUAAAUGCAUUUUGGGUGGAAUGUCAAACUGACAAUUUAAUUUGACAGCUGUGUUUUUGGUGCAUUCGCUUAGAUAUUUCCAAAAUUUUCAUUUUAUUUAUUUUUCUACAAAAUUCGCAAAAAUUCUACGUAAAAUCAAAUUAACACUCGAACAUCGUAAAAGAAAAUCAAAACAGAAACAACAAUCAUUAACUGUGACCUCAUCAACACACUCAACGUUUACCAAAAGUGAAGCUAUUACGACAACAAAGGAAUUAUCAAACGAAAUCAUACAAACACCCAAUAUGGAUACCAAUAUAAAUCGUGUGCUAAACCAAACCUUGCGUCAUCCAUUGCACGGACUGCUCUUCAAAUACACCAAUGUAAUGAAAGGUUGGCAGUACCGCUGGUUCACAGUGGACUCACAGACCGGUACACUUAGCUAUUAUUUGUGUGACUCCUCCUCGACUGGUGAGGAAUCAGCGCCAUCGGCACAGGUUCUAGCUGGCGCGCCACGUGGACAGGUGCAUUUAGCAGGCGCUGUAGUCUGCCCGAGUGAUGAAGAUUCACGCACUUUCUCAAUCGGCUGUGCCUCGGGCGAUACACUGAAAUUGCGUGCAGCUGACGCACGUUCGCGACAGGAAUGGGUCGAUGGCUUGCGUGCCGUCGUAGAGAGUCAUACGAAAGCUAUGGAUAUAAGUAAUGCAUCAACACUGCCGCCGCGUGAAUUGUUAGCCGCAUCAGAUGCGAUGGUAUCGGCGCGACAAGCGCUCUAUCUAACCGAACAAUGCAAUGCCUCACUAGCGCGUACAAUCGAGAAUAUUGAAUGCGCGACAUUUUCGCCAACCGAUCCGGAUUUACUGCUGCUUAAAGCCAUUUCGACAGCAAGCACACAAUGUUUGCAUCAGUGUUUGAGCCUUUUGCAGCGACACGAAGAGAUACACAACACAAGCGGAGAGUCAGCAGGUGUUUACUAGGCGCAUAAAAUAUUGUUGUUUUUU